AUGGCUGAUAGGAUUGCAGUUGAAAUGCUUCGUUUAUGUUCUUCGCGCUGCCUUCGAUCCUCGCUUCGCUUCUACGCAAAAGAUUUGAAAUUUGGCUCGGAUGGUCGUGCAGCAAUGUUGCAGGGCGUCGAUACGCUCGCUGAUGCCGUCGCCGUUACUAUGGGACCGAAGGGGCGAAAUGUUGUUAUCGAGCAAUCCUGGGGAAGUCCGAAAAUAACAAAAGAUGGAGUAACUGUUGCUAAAGCGAUUGAUUUUAAAGAUAAAUAUAAAAAUCUUGGUGCUAAACUCGUUCAGGAUGUUGCAAACAAAACUAAUGAAGAAGCAGGUGAUGGUACAACUUGUGCAACUGUCCUUGCGCGUUCUAUCGCAAAGGAAGGUUUUGAAAAUAUUAGUAAAGGUGCCAAUCCUGUCGAAGUUCGUCGAGGAGUAAUGAAGGCUGUCGAUAUUAUUGUCAAAGAAUUAAAAGCGAUGAGCAAGCCAGUCACAACACCUGAAGAAAUUGCCCAAGUUGCAACUAUUUCUGCAAAUGGUGACGAGAAUAUCGGGAAUUUGAUCUCGGAAGCGAUGAAAAAAGUUGGGAAUAAAGGAGUGAUCACCGUUAAAGAUGGGAAAACGUUAAUUGACGAACUGGAGACAAUUGAGGGUAUGAAAUUUGAUCGAGGAUAUAUUUCACCAUAUUUUAUCAACACAACAAAAGGAGCUAAAGUGGAAUUUGAAAAAUCGUAUCUUUUAUUAUCGGAAAAGAAAAUAAGUCAAGUGCAAGAUAUAGUGCCGGCCUUAGAAUUGGCAAAUAAAUAUCGGAAACCUUUAGUGAUUAUAGCAGAAGAUGUUGAUGGCGAGGCUUUGACAACGCUUGUUUUAAAUCGAUUGAAGGUGGGUCUCCAAGUGGCGGCUGUUAAAGCUCCUGGCUUUGGUGACAACAGAAAAAAUACUCUGAAGGAUAUGGCAAUCGCCACUGGAGCUACGGUCUUUGGUGAUGAAGCUAAUCUUGUGAAGUUGGAAGAUAUUCAGGUUCAAGAUUUCGGUGAAGCAGAGGAAAUUUCCAUCACAAAAGAUGAUACUUUAAUUCUCCGUGGCAAGGGAUCAGCUGAAGAAAUUGAGAAACGUAUAGUCCAAAUCGAGGAUGAAAUUGAACAAAGUACAUCUGAUUAUGAAAAGGAAAAAUUAAAUGAGCGUUUGGCAAAAUUGUCGAAAGGAGUGGCAGUAUUGAAAGUUGGUGGCGCUAGUGAAGUUGAAGUUAACGAGAAGAAAGAUCGAGUAACAGAUGCUCUUAAUGCUACGAGGGCAGCAGUAGAAGAAGGGAUUGUUCCUGGUGGCGGUGUUGCCCUUUUACGAGCCCUGAAAGCCCUCACUAAUGUUACCCUUGAUAACGCUGAUCAACAAAAAGGUGUCCAAAUCGUAAAAAAAGCGGUACGUGAGCCAAUAACAACCAUUGUUCGAAAUGCGGGUAUUGAAGCUUCAAGCAUUGUUGAAAAAGUAAUCGCAAAUGACGACAAAGCAUUUGGUUACGAUGCUUUAUCUGAUAAGUUUGUUAAUAUGAUAGAUGCUGGAAUUGUCGACCCUACAAAAGUUAUACGAACCGCUCUUCAGGAUGCUGCUGGCGUGGCUUCAUUGCUUGCAACAACUGAAUGUGUGGUUACAGAAUUGCCCAAGGAAGAUCCACCAAUGCCUGGUGGUGGUAUGGGUGGCAUGGGUGGUAUGGGCGGAAUGGGCGGAAUGGGAUAUUAA